CUUGAGCCCUAGAAGCUUUUACCAUCUAGGCACAAAUCUAGGUAUCCUCUUCUGCCCUGGUGGGAGGUGAUACCUGUUGCUGGGAACUCCUGUGACUGGCAGUCGUGGUGGUUUUAGGGGCAGGAUGUUUCAGUUGCGAGGAAAAUGGAUGCCCAUCGGAGCAGGGAUCCAGUGCUAUAAAACAUGUCUGCAAACUCAACCCUUAACACUAUGUGAUGUUGCAAAGGGUCUGGCUGGAGUCAGCAGUGCUUCUCCUUGCCUUCAUGCAGCCAGUGCAUUAGGAUAGUCCCUGUUCUGUUUGAACUUCAACACCAGAAUCUGCAGCUGAGCACAGUUCAUUUUAGUGGUUUAAUAACCCAUAAGAGACACAUCCAGGAAGGGCUUUGUUUUGCACUGUAUGAGGGCCACAUUUCCCUUUCCUGUUCCUAGGAAGGAAGUGUCAGGGGUGACUUGAAAUAUAAGAGGAGGAGGAUUCAGUCUCUCCUUGCAGAUGCCAGUCCCCCCACCCCUGAGAGGUCCCUCUCCAGUUUGCUUUGUGCACUGUCCUGCUUACUGCAGAGCUGUUGAUCUACCUGGGAUGUGCAGCAAAGGUCAAAUGCCUUUCCUCACAGCUGUGUGUGGACCUUGGCCUUGCAGCCUGUCCUUGCACACAGGGCACUGCUGUCACAGUUGUGUACUGUGAAGAGCUAAAGAUCCUAUGUCAGACAUCAUGUGAGAGGUCACAGAAUCACAAAGUAUUCUUAGUUGGAGUGGACCCACAUGGAUCAUUGAGUCCAACUCUUUAAGUGAAUGGCCCACGCAGGGAUUGAACCCAUGGUGUUAUUAGCACCAUGCUUUAACCAAUUGAGCUAAUCCCAGUGUAGAAGCCUUUAUUCCCUCUCCAAAAUUUAAAGUCAUGAUUAAAUACUAGCUGAAAAACUAGAAAUCAAGAGGUAACAUUUUCCAAAUUAUGUGGUGUUAUAAAGUUGUUUUGAGAGGCCAAGCUCUCCUCUGCUGGAGUGGGCACCUCUGGUCUAGUCACUGCACUGGUGCCAUUUCCCAUGUUGAUGGCACCAGAGGAGACCAUACCCAGGGUCCUGGGGCAAAAUUGCUGUCUUGCAGGGACCCCUUAACUCUUGCUAAUAGUAGUAACUUCAAGGAACUGAAGCAGCCUCUGCACUUUUCUGCCUGUUGCUCCUGGCUGCCUGUCCUUGCUUCUUCAUUGCAGAGCAGGGUAGUUUGUGUGGCUGCUGCAAAAAGACAUGAUGGGUAUCUAAGGGGGGGCAGCAAGCAAGGAGAGAGGGCUCAGCUUGGGUCAAACAGCUCUACACGUUUGGCAGUUGGUGAUCAUCAUCAAGCUGAUGCACUUCCAGGUUGCUGUUGGGUUUACUCCCAUUAUCAUUAGAUGUUCAUUUCUGAGAGUGCUUUGCAGUGGUUUGGAGUUGCAAGGAGGGGUUAAAAAGCCAUUUCUGUCCCCAGGGCAUGCAGCACUUCCCAGGCAGUGCAGCACAUUGAAGCCAGAAGCUCCUGCAUGCCUGUCCUUUUCUUUGGGUGUGGGAGGGGAAGCCGAGGACAGAGGUCCCUCAGCACAUGAUUAUUCUGCUCAGGUUUAUUUUUAACUAGGGAACCUGUUCACGUUGUGCAGUGAAAUGUAGGAGACAACUGGGUCAGUCUGCUCUGCAGCAAAAGAGACAGCUCUCCUGACCUUUGCAGACCAAAUGUAUGGGAUUACUGUGGAGUAUUUCUCAUUACACCUUGCUUCUGCUCCAACAUUCAGUCUUGCUGUUUAGUGUGUUUUUUGUGCCAUUGCAAAAAUUCUCUUAAUCUUGCAAUUCCUUGACUAGAGUUUUUUCCCUGUACCAGGUACUUAAAGAACAAACUAGAGCAACAAAGAGACCUCCCAUUUAUGCAGUGCAAACCAAACUGAGUGUUAAAUGCAUGGAAUCAUCCACUUCGAAGGAAGGAAGAGGACCAGCGCAUCAGCCAGGAUGUGGAGAGGUUCUGCAGGCAGCUCAGCUCCAUGGCCAGCAAGCUUGUCAUCUCACCCUUCACACUGGCCUACUACACAUACCAGUGCUUUCACAGCACAGGCUGGCUAGGCCCAGUGAGCAUCUUUGGGUAUUUCGUCAUUGGGACAAUGGUUAACAAAGUUUUGAUGAGCCCAAUUGUGUCUAAACUUGUGCAGCAGGAAAAACUGGAGGGGGAUUUCAGGUUCAAGCACAUGCAGAUUCGUGUCAAUGCAGAACCAGCUGCUUUCUACAGGGCUGGGCGAGUGGAGCACAUGCGCACAGACCGGAGGCUGCAGAGCCUACUGAAGACCCAGAGGGAGCUGAUAGGCAAGGAGCUGUGGCUAUACAUUGGGAUCAACACCUUUGAUUAUCUGGGCAGCAUCCUGAGCUACGUGGUCAUUGCCAUUCCCAUCUUUUCUGGGGUCUACGGCGACCUGAGUCCAACAGAGCUCAGUGCCCUUGUCAGCAAGAAUGCCUUUGUUUCCAUCUACCUCAUUGGCUGCUUCAGCCAGCUCAUAGAUCUCUCCAGCACUGUGACUGAUGUUGCUGGCUACACACACAGGAUUGGUGAACUGCAGGAGACCUUGCUGAGCCUUGGCAGAAAAAAAAAUGGUAAUUACUCAGAAGCCAGAACCAGUUGGGAUUUGGACAGCAGCCAUUCUGGGGAGGACCCAGCGCCAAGGGACACAGCUUUCCUUCUGGAGCGAGUGACACUCUCAGUACCCUCAUCUGGCAAGCUGCUCAUCAAGGACUUGAGCCUCAAGAUCUCACAAGGAAACAGUGUGAUGAUUGUGGGAAACACUGGUACAGGGAAGACAUCUCUCCUGAGGGUCCUCGGAGGACUCUGGGAGAGCACACAGGGGAGCAUCAGGAUGCUGACCUGCUUUGGCCCCCGGGGAGUGGUGUUCCUACCACAGCGGCCCUUCUUCACGGAUGGAAGCCUGCGUGAGCAGGUAAUCUAUCCCCUGAAGGAGAUCUAUCCACUUUCAGGGUCUGCAGAUGAUGAGAGGAUUGUGCAAUUCCUGGAGCUGGCUGGGCUGACUGAUUUGCUGGCAAGGGCUGGAGGACUGGAUGAGCAGGUGGACUGGAACUGGUAUGACAUCCUGUCCCCGGGGGAGAUGCAGAGGCUCUCAUUUGCACGACUCUUCUACCUCCAGCCAAAAUAUGCAGAUACUCUUGGUGAACUCCAGUUAAUAUGUGAAAUGUUCUUGGGAGAUGCUGCUCUUGCCUACAGGAGAUGUCUGGUUGCGAGAGGAUUUGUGGGGCUUAUGACUUUUCUUUCAGUGCUAGAUGAAGCCACCAGCGCCUUGACAGAAGAGGUGGAGCAUGAGCUGUACCGUCUGUGCCUUCAGCUGGGCAUGACACUGAUCAGUGUGGGACAUAGACCCAGCCUGGAAAAGUUCCACAGCUGGAUUUUGAAACUUCAUGGGGAGGGAAGAUGGGAGCUCACUCGAUGUGAGAAGAUGAAGCGUCUCCCUUCUGGGGAAGGACACUGAAAAACGUGCCUUUGUCUGGCCAGCUACAGAACCUGCACACGUGUGGGAUAGCUCUCAACAGCAGACAUGGAGCUGCCAAGCCAGCAGCUGUGUCAGUGAGGGAUUCAAACAGUGCAAGACCAGUUCUGGAUUUCGCUGAUGGACACAGAGCAUGUCUGAACUCAUGGUGUGGAGUUCUGCCAAGAGUAGACACAACUGUGUCAUCCUUCUCCCAGCCGCCUCCUGGCUCCCUGGCUCUCAUGGGAGAAAGGAGAUGAGCUGCUAGGCCCUGAGAGAAGAUCCUGCCUCAUGGGUCUUGUAGAAACAAUGGCCAGAGAAACCUCCACUUAGUCCAGGAUGCAGUGGUGUGAGGCUAGAAUGCAGCCUUCUUUUCUGCCCUCUGUGCCUUGCUAGGAGCUCUGUCUUUGAUACACAGCAGAGCUGUGUAUCAAAGAACAGAUUUAUGUACCUUGUGGCUCUGUCAAGAAUUGUGUUCCCCAGCGGGAGACAAGGGGAGAAUGCUGGCACAGAGAAGGGGCAUGUCUCUGCUCUCCUUGUAACACAUGGCUACAGGUGAAAGGAACAUUUUUGUAUUAAAAUCCGGGGCCUGUUUUCAAACUGUUUUUAUGGAGAAGAGUCAAUAUUUGUUAACCAGA